AUGGAGAAUCUUGACAAGACAGCCAAUGACUCUGAUAUAAUGUCGAAUGACACUAGUAUCAAUGAAGUGGCGGCAACAUCAUGGGCACGACUAGUGUCCACCAACCCAAACUUCCAACACAUUGAGAUACAGGAUGAUCAAUGCAGGUUUGGUCGUGGCAAGGAUGUCGAAGUACAAUUCAAUGACAAGCGAAUCAGCUCAUUACAUUGCAAUAUAUAUAGGAAGAAAGAGGCUGAUGAUGCAGACUACAGGUUCUAUUUGGAUGAUCUAAGCUCAAACGGAACAUUCGUCAAUUACAAGAAGGUUGGCAAGGGAAACACAGUUACACUGGUCAAUGGCAAUGAGAUAUCACUCACAGCUAGUAGUGACCCGGACGACCCACAACGCAUAGUGUAUUGGUUUCAAGAUCUAGAGCGUAUUAGAUUCGAACAAAAGGUCGAAGCGGAACGUCAGCGUGCAGAGGCAGAGGCAGAGGCGGAGCGACUGCGAAGGGCUCAAGAGGAUGAGUCGGAACCAGGACAUACACAGUUGAUGGACGAUGAUAUGCAGGAAUUGGCCGACCUAUCACCCAUCAAGGCAAAGACAGAGACAGUGCCAACGCAAUUGACAAAGUCAGACACGGUCCUCACGCCUUCACCAUCGACCCUAACGCCAACCACCAAGCGUCAGACAUCCGCGACAAAGAAGACGCCCUCAAAGUCUGGAUCGGGCCUCUCAUCACAGCGCUCAAAUAGUGACAAUGUAGAUCCAUCCACAUCGACUACAACCACAACUACCGCAGCAGUAUCAACAGCGCCAUCGAAUAUACAGACAUCGGUCUCAUCACUCAAGAGAAAGAGCAGCGAUGAGUCAUUGUUAACCAAACAGCCGAGCAUUGUGAAGAAGACAAAGGUGGAGCACGACUCGAUGGAGGACAACCUUGUCUGUGGCAUCUGCCAAGACCUCAUUCACAAGUGUCUGACGCUGAUCCCAUGCAUGCACAACUUUUGCACGUGCUGCUACGGAGACUGGCGCGAGAACUCCACCAUCUGUCCACAAUGCCGCACCGAUGUCAAGCUGGCACAAAAGAACCACGCAAUCAACAACCUGAUAGAGUCCUACCUCAAGACCCAUCCAGACAAGAAGCGAGAUCCACAAGAGUUGGAAGAGAUGGAUAAGAGGAGCAAGAUAACUGAUCAAAUGUUGAAUGAUGGUAAACUCAACAAAUCAAAGAAGAAGUACUAUGAUGAUGAGGAUGAUGAGUAUGAUGAGGAUGACGAAUAUGAUGAGGAUGAGGACAAUAGCUCAGAUGAGUAUGCGCUGGCCUCUAACAAGUGUAUCAACUGUACAAACCCUUUGGCCGAUGGCUUCCUGUGUCCCGCUCAAGGUGCUGAGCACUUGGUAUGCGUUGGUUGCUAUCAACGCUUCCCCAAGAGAGUGCCACCACCAGUCAAAGACAAGUGCGACCUGUGUCCAUCACAUUACUGUAACAACUAUAGACAGUGUCCUGGCAUGACUGCGACAAGAGUAGGACUACUCAAAGAUCAGGCCAUGCACAGCAUCCCACACAACUCAUUCUCUGGCAAUCAGUUUGAGAUCAAGAUCAUGAAUGACUAUCUGGCAAAGAGUCAAAAGACCGCCAACCAGGUCUACAAAGAGAUAAUGGAUGAUAUAGACUCUGGCAAGAUUCCAGGUGACGCAGUCAAGCGUAACAACAUUGCACCAAAGUCCGAUAUGUGGACAUGUUUCCAAUGCGCAAACUAUGUGUUCAUGACAGGAUUGUAUGCCUACAGGAAGAAUCUGCCAAAGGAAGCACUUCCAGACUAUGCUCAGAACCGUGACAACUGUUAUUAUGGCCGAAACUGCAGGACACAGUUCAACAAGUUUGAUCAUGCCAAGAAGUUGAACCAUGUUUGUGAGCAGACCAAGUACGCUUGA